AUGGGUGAGGAGGGAAUGGUCGCCAACAGAAAGCUCACGAUCCUGCCCCUCAUCGCCCUAAUCUUCUACGAGGUCUCCGGCGUUGAGGACUCCGUCAGAUCCGGCGGCGGGCCCUUCCUCUCCCUACUCGGAUUCCUCGUCUUUCCCUUCUUCUGGAGCAUCCCGGAGGCCCUGAUCACGGCGGAGCUCGCCACCAGCUUCCCGGCCAACGGCGGAGCUCGCCACCAGCUUCCCGGCCAACGGCGGCUACGUCCUCUGGAUCUCGUCGGCCUUCGGCCCCUUCUGGGCCUUCCAGGAGGGCUUCUGGAAACGGCCGCCCGGAUCCCGGCCCUGCCAGCCAUCACGGUCGUGCUGACGUAUUUGAACUACAGAGGACUGCACAUUGUGGGCUACUCGGCCGUCUUACUCGCUUGUUUCUCGCUUUUCCCGUUUCUCGUGAUGGGCAUAUUGGCCGUACCCCGUCUCCGGCCCAGGAGAUGGCUUGCCAUGGAUUACGGGAGAGUAAGCUGGCGGGGCUACUUCAAUAGCCUUUUCUGGAACUUGAAUUACUGGGAUAACGCCAGUACGCUGGCAGGGGAGGUUGAGAACCCGGCCCGGGCCUUCCCCAGGGCCCUGUUUGGGGCAGUUGUUCUGGUCGUGUGCUCGUAUCUUGUUCCUCUGCUGGCGGGUACAGGGGCUGUGCCGCUGUGCAGACGGACCCCGGCGAUUGGAGUGACGGGUAUUUUGCGGAGGUGGGAAAUGUUGAUCGGAGGCCAGUGGCUGAGGUGGUGGAUUCAGGCGGCGGCCGCUUUCUCGAACUUGGGCCUGUUUGAGGCUGAGAUGAGCAGUGACGCUUACCAGCUUUUGGGGAUGAGCGAGAUAGGGAUGCUGCCAGCAGUGUUUGCUUCCAGAUCAAAAUACAACACGCCCACAUUCAGCAUCUUGUGCUCUGCAUCAGGCGUGAUACUCCUAUCUUGGAUGAGCUUUCAAGAAAUCCUCGAGUUCCUCAACUUCUUUUAUGCAAUCGGCGUAAAGUGUGAUAAAUCGACUGGGCAUGUUAUCGGGCUCGAUCUCAAAAAUCGAGUUCUAGAUGAAUAUGGGUACAUGAGCUUUGAUAGCAUGUUACAAAGCGAAACACUUGAUUCUUUCUUGCUCGAAAUGAAGCAUCUCAAGUACCUUGACUUGAGCUGGAAUAAUUUUAAUGGCAGCUCAAUUCCAGCAUUCUUAGGAUCAUUAAAACAACUGCAAUAUCUCAAUUUCUCACAUGCAGUCUUUAGAGGCGUUAUCCCUCACAUGCACGCAGGCUUGAGAGGUUGCCGAGCUGGUGAGAGAUAA